CAACGACGCUUAAAGUUACGAGUCCCCGGAUAUCAAACGUGGUCACACUUUGGUGAAGGACUAGCUGAGAAGCCGAGCCAAACGGUACGCUAAAGACCAAGGAUCCUUUGAGGAAAACCUAGGAGAUACCUAUAAGACCACAGGUGUCAUGGCUACGGUUAAGGCAGAAACGGCAAACAAGACAGGCGGAAGAAGGUGCACCUCUGGGAAGUGUAUCUGUGGAAGAAGGCCGAUGUCGGCUUAUUACGCUGCUUCGCCAGUUGUGCGCACACGUAGUGUCACUCCCAUGACACCGGAAAUGUCACGACUACUUCCGGUCAUUGCCGACAGAACGGUUGCCAAGCAACUCGGCAGAUCGUACGAAGUCAGUCAUGCUAAAACAUACUACAACCCCGCGAGGAACUCUUUAUAUGCCAGAUUUUCUCCAAGCGACUGGAAAGCGUCUAACAAUGCCCAGUUUGGCCUUUCUGACAAGGAGCGAAACUUUGCCGAGCGUCUUCGUGCAGACUGCUGGAGGGCAGUGAAAUCAACAGAUGCAAGGACCAGGAAUCGGCAAACAGAUGUCACCAAGAGAUUAGGUGAAAGGGUGACUGAUAUCAACUUCUGGAAACAGGAAGUCCACAAUGAAAUCAAUGCGAUGGCCAAUGAGAUUGAGAAUGUCAAGGAGCACAAACGAGUUUUGGAAUCGGCCCUGCAACACACCCAGAACCCCUUCCACAUCGCUGAAGAGUGUCUGAUGCACAGGGAGAAGCGUCGGGGAAUUGACAUGGUGCACGAUGACGUCGAGAAGAGCCUCGUCAGGGAAGUGGACAUCAUUAAGAAGUGCCAGGACAAGAUGAAGAGGCUUUUGGAGAAGUCUGCUGUUCAACUCAAACUCAACCGAGCAGCCCAGCACGAGCUCGAGAAGGAUGCCAAGGACAAGCACCACGCCCACGGUUUGGAUGACCGCAUGCACUCGCUCAGGAACUCGUCCAUGGGGAUUGGUUAUCAUCCAGGCGUUGAGGGCGUUGACAACACCAUCAGCAUCCCAGAAUCCUGGGCACGAUUCUCCCAGGAGAAUAUUGCGAGAUCUCAGAAGAUGCGUGAGGCAUCUGAACGACUCCGAGGCGAGAUCGAUGCUCUGCUCAGGGCAUGCGCAAACGACAUGUGGAGCCAGUUCAACUCUGUCAACAACUCGUUUAACACGAGAAUCAAGGAAACAACUGAUGCUAGGAACAAAUUGCAGGCUCAUCUCCAGAGGACCAUGCAAGAGAUCUUUGAAAUGCAGAAGAAUAUCGACUUACUAAGGAAAGCUAUUGCCGAUAAGGAAGCUCCGAUGAAGGUUGCACAGACCCGACUUGACGAGAGGUGCAGACGAUUGAAUGUGGAGCGCUGCAACGACCCCGUCAUGAAGACACUCCAGAGAGAGGUCGCCGAGAUCCGUGACUCCAUCCGGGCUUUGAAGGAACGUCUGCGUCUCUCGGAACAGGCCUUGGCCCGUCUGUUGCAAGCAAGAGCUAAGUUCGAGGAGGACAUCUCCAUCAAGGAAAACAGUUUAGCAAUCGACCAGAAAGCCUGCAUGGGAAUCAGGAAAAGUUUUCCAAUGGACCCAAAAGUCGGACCAAUUUUCAACAUGCCGCUUUCUUAUUGAUCACGUGAUGUCUAACGUCAUCCCCUCGUCUCCUGCCAUUCUGGACUUGAGUUGAGAUCGGUCUCUUCAAGUGUAUCAUCCAACGUCACUAGGUCACGUAGUAAUUUCACAUACGUCACUUCCGUCCGAGAAUAGGCACGUUAGGAUUCAUCUUCAUUAUUGCUUCACCAGGUAUUUUUAAGACUUUUCAAGUGGACUGCUGCUGAUACGCGUACAAGGACAGCUUGUUUCCAGAAUGGAUAACAGAUGGCUUUCGAUACAUUGGCCAUCUGCUGUCCACUGUAUGAGUUAAACACAAUCGUAUCACCGUUCAUGAACAUUUUCUACGCUGAGAUGAUAUUGUUUGUUUUGCGCAUGAUUUUUUAUAGUUUUGUGUAGUCUCUGUGAAAUAGACGUGUAACUUUUGAAGUAGUAGCUUGUGAAAAUACGUGUGAAGCUGAUUUGUGCGCAGCAAGUAGUGCGUCGAGUGUUUCAAUAAUUGAGAGGGAAAAUUUCACACAAUUUUGAAAUUGGGCCAAACAACUCUUUUGGCCCGUUGAAGUGGUAAUCAGCUUUAAAUUCAGAAGCAUUUUGUGAUAUAUCGUGGGGUGUGUGGUCUUUAAAAUGUUGUGCCAAUAAUGUUUGCUAAUUUGCAUAUUGCCCUAUCAGUAAUCCGUCCAAAUUAAUUAUUUGAUUUUGUGAUUAUGCAUCUAAAGUAAACAAUUGGUAAAACCAGCCAGUUUUUAAUAACUGAGUUUAUAACCUGUUAAAAUGUCUUAAAAUACAUUUGAGCUUUUACGGGUUAAUCCUGGUUGUUCGUAUUAUCUGGCGUUUUUCUUUCAUCACAAUUUUGUCACUUUUGUUUUUGUGAAUUUUGUAUAUAGUGUAUAAUUACCAGGCUGUGAUAUUUAACGUGGUUCGUUAAAAUUGUAUAUAUGAAGUUGGAGUCAAUCUACAUCUUUCGCAAUGCCAAUGGCCCCGGUUCUGCUUAGCUUUUGUUUCGGGAAUGGAUGCGUAUAUAAGUGGCGAUGAUAGACUGGCCGCCUUGGUGGGUAAGCGGGAUUUCUGGGGCCUAUUUAGCCUUUAGCUGGUCAUUAGGGGCCUGUUAAUCGUAUCUCAAGAUUUCGAAUGGAGGUGUCAUUUAAAUAGGAAUUGAUGUUACUUAAAAAACGCCAUAAUGUUUAGCUUGGACAGUCAUACCAAACUAGCAGCCUAAUUAUUACAUUUCUUAAGAGAGGUACGAUGGGCUCCUAAUUUGACCAUAGGCUGAGGGACAAAGCAUUUUAUACCGUUUUUAUUCACCCUUUUCACUAAAUAAGCUAUUGCUUGAAAAAUAAGAGAAUUUGAUUCUGCUUUGGUUGAUAAUGAAUUUCCAACUAACGAUGAAAAUGUCUGUCAUGAAGCUAUAGUUUAAAUUUUUAUAUUAAUUUUUUUUGUGCUGUGUUAUAAGCGACGAUUCGUUCAAGAUGGCCGCCUCCCUGAUGUGUGCUUUUUCAAUUGAAACUCUCAUUCAAGAUCAGCAGUAUUAUCACCGGCAUAUGCUGUGCAUGUAUAUUGAUAAGUGUUUCACUAAAUUAUUCCUCACUUUUUUAUUGUUUUGCACAAU